ACCGUGGAGACUUUAUGGUGAGGAGAGAGGUCAGGAGCACUGGUUACAUGUCCGUAGGAGAACAUGAUGAUCGAACCGCACCACAGUUUCGCAACCGUAAAGUCAGAGGCUCCCACAAGGGUCGAUCUUAUGACCAGUCCCGCCGAGAACGCCAAUGGGGGAACCGCCCGGGAGGCUUUGGAGGUCCUGGGCCGCGGUCAAGGCUCGAUGAUCCUGAUGGAGAUGUUACUAUGGGUGACAACUCUCCUCAGGACAACAGCUCCCAGCAAAGAUUCAACCCAUAUGGAAGACCUAAUAGGAAAGGAGGAGAUGGACGGUUUGAAAGAGAUAGACGAGGCAAAGGGGGAGGAGGUGGUAGAAGAGGAGGCGGCGGCUAUAGAGGAGAUCGAGGUGGAGGAGGCAGCAGUGGCGGAGGAGGGAGAAACCGGUCAGGAUGGUACAAAGUAACGAUACCACAUGGAAGAAAAUAUGACAAGAAAUGGUUAUUGACAGCUCUUCAGAGCAUCUGUUCUCUUCACAUCCCAGCUGUACAGUACCAUGUUGACCACAACAGGGUCCAUUUCUAUGUGGAUGAUUCGUCUGUUGUCAGUGCUUUGCAAAAGUGUUCUCACAAGAUCACAGACACAGAUGGUUAUAAGGUGGAAGUGCAUGUCAACCCCAGCGCUCCACCGUCCUUCCUGCUCUCAGACCUGAAGCCUGAACACUUGGAGCACCUGAAGCAAUGCAUGGCAAAACGUUUUGAUGGCUCCCAGCAAGCAUUGGACUUGAACAACAUCCUAACAGACCCAGACCUGGUGUCCCAGAACAUUCAAGUCGUCUUGAAUAGGAAGACGAACAUGGAAGCUGUCAUCAAGAUUAUUGAACAAAACAUUCCAGAGCUGACGUGCUUGAAUCUGAGUAACAACCGCAUUCACAAACUGGAUGAACUUGCUGAAUUGGUUACCAAGGUCCCUAAUCUGAAGACCCUCAACCUUUCCCACAAUGAGCUGAAGUCAGACCGGGAGCUGGACAAGUUGAAAGGCCUGAAGCUGGUGGAGCUGUGGCUGACCAAGAACCCUCUGUGUGACCUCUUCAAGGAUCAUGCCUCUUACAUCAGUGCUGUGCGGCAGAGGUUCCCCCGGAUUCUCAAACUGGAUGGUGAUGACCUCCCCCCACCCAUUGGAUUCGAUGUGGAAACGCCCACCACUAUCCCCCCCUGCAAGGGCAGCUGUUUUGGCUCAGAUGAAAUCAAGGCUCUCAUCCUUCGGUUCUUGCAACAGUACUACAGUAUAUACGACUCGGGGGACAGACAGCCGCUCCUGGAUGCUUACCAUGAUGGAGCGUCGUUAUCCCUCACAACACCUUAUUCCACCCAGAACCCCUCCAGGAGCAGUCUGGGAGAGUAUCAUAAAGACAGCCGAAACCUGAAGAGGCUCAAAGAUUCCACCAUACGUUUUCGACUUCUGAAGCACACACGACUAAACGUUGUGGCUUUCCUCAACGAGUUGCCCAAAACUCAGCACGACAUUGCCUCCCUUAAUGUCGAUGUAAACACCUACACCAACACACUGCUAUCAUUCACAGUGAGCGGAGUCUUUAAAGAAGUUGCUGUUGAUGGUAAAUCCCGAGAGUCCACCAUGGCCUUCUCUCGAGUUUUCAUUACAGUCCCAGCGGGAAGUACCGGUCUGUGCAUCGUGAACGACCAGCUUUUCAUCAGGAUGGCAACAACAGAGGAGAUCCGCAGAGCCUUCGUCGCUCCCGCUCCAACUCCAUCUUCCAGCCCCGUCCCCACCCUCACUGCACCGCAGCAGGAGAUGCUCACAGCCUUCUCGCUGAAGUCCGGCAUGAACCUGGAAUGGUCCCAAAAGUGUCUGCAAGACAAUGAGUGGGAUUUCAACAGAGCGGCACAGAUUUUCACUCAGUUAAAGACGGAAGGCAAGAUUCCCGACAUUGCGUUCAUAAAAUGAGAAGAGUGGAAUCAUACUUCUGUGAAAUAAAAUCUGCAGUAAUUUUAUUUAUGGCUUUUGUUUUAUCCUUUACUCUGCCUUUUCUUUUAUUAAAAAUAAUGUAGAUCAAGUUUACUUGUGAAAACUGUUUUCUGUUUGUUUUAACAGCCAAAUGUCAAGUGUUUGACCUAAAGACUGAUGUUGUGAUACAAUUUCAACAAAUUGGUUGUCAUUGUAAGUUUUUGGUCAUUUGUAUAAAAAUCACUACAUGUUUUCAUAGAAAUAAAGACAGAUGACCAAUAGUUGUUUGACCUGUGUCCACAUUAAUUUGUUUUAUGUUUAAUAAUAAAACAUAUUUUGUUUACAACAAAACUGAUACAUUUCACUUCAGCUACAAUAUGAACAAAAUAUUGAGCAUGAAAGUUCAUUCUCGAACUUGGAAAUGAUAAAAAAUCCUAUGUCCAAAUUCUGUCUGCUGAGGAACAAUAAGUUGAAAAUAAUGAGUGUAAUAACUAAUUACAUUAAAAUGUUCUUUUUUAUCCCAAGAAUUAUAGUAAUGUAUAGAGCUGUUACAAUGCUGACACAGGUCAUAUGUCUUCAGAGCUUCAUUUUUUGAUAAAUGUAUGUAAACUUAUAUUGUUACAAAAGCAUAUAAAGGUUGGUUUUACAUAUUCAAA